CCCAAAGGCAUACGUUUGCGCAUCAAAAUAACUCACGCACUUCGGUUAGAACCAAAACCACGAGAAGACGAUGAGGAACAACAAGGGCCUGAUGAGGAACACCAAGGAGGCGACGAGGAACACCAAGGAGGCGAUGAGGAACAACUACGACAAAAUGCAAGAGCUGGAAUACAAGAGUUGAUAAAAAGUGGUAUAACUGUUAGCGGAAUGGAGGAGCAUGAUUGGAUUUAUCUUUUUUCCAUGGUACAGGAUGCCAAAG